GCGAACAUUGCGAACUCAAAUGAUACAUGUGAACGUGAACUGUCAUUGAUUUUAAGAUGACGCCGUCAAUCUUGAAUACGUCACGCUCCACCUGUCGCAGUGACUGUGAUAAGCAGGCAGGCAUAUAAUUACAGUCCAAAGAGUUAUGCGGUACCGAGGCAGAUAACGUGACUUAUCGUACCGUAGCGCAGAAGCAAAUUCGAUUGUCGUUUGGUUGAAUGCAGUGAGUCGACAAUGGCGGAGGGACCAGAACUGAGUUUUUUCGAUUUACGUACUGUACACGAUUCUUUUGACCGAGCUCUCGUGGAAAAUGAUGAUAUAGAUCUAAAAGCCUAUCUAGAGGCUUACAAUGAACUGUACAAAUUUUUUCAGCUAAUGGGCAGUGUCUUCAGUUUUGUCUCAUCUGAUCUGAAGCAAAAGAUAGACAUCUUGAUUGAUUUGAUAAACAAAGAUGACCAGAAUUACAGGACUAUUAAAUCUAUGAUCGAAUAUGAAAAGGAGAACAAAUUGUUAGAAAAGUCUGACUUUGUCAAUGGCUCACGUACUUUAUUACGACUACAUAGAGGUUUAGAUUUUAUUAAAGAAUUCUUGCGACAACUGGGUGAUCUCUUGGACGCUGAUAAAACGUCUAGUUGUUGUCAAGACUCCUAUAACAAAACCCUGGCCAAGCAUCACCCGUGGGUGAUUAGGAAAGCUGCAAUAGUCGCCAUGUACACUAUGCCUACUAGAGAGGCGUUGUUUAAGAAGGUUUGUGGUGAAAAUGUCCAACGAAACAUAGACGUCCUGCCGAAAAUGUUGGAAGUGACUGCCGACGUGUUCAAUCGCACUCACAGUAUUUAUGAAACUUACCAGCUACAUGCUCUACCAUAAGCGUAAAAAAGAAUGAGAACACUUCGUUCGAUUUGUAGCUUUGCGAAGCACCGCACGCGAUAUUUCACAUUCUUAAAAUAUUGUGAUAUUAUUUUAUUGUGCUUAGAUAUUGUGUAUAAUUGUCGUACUUUCGAUGUAAUAAAUAAGCACAUUUAUUUUUUUGGGAUAUGUAAUAUUUUAUAGUUAAUAUUUACAAUUAUAUUAUGCGUACUAACAAUGUACAAAUAUAGUGGCACUUGCGUACAAUAAGCGUAUCACUAAUGUAUGAUGUGAUCUUGUCAUUUUGUAUUGUUCGAGCGAAAAUGAUUUUGUUAUGUAAAAUGCUAUAAAUUUCCAAAACAGUGA